AUGGCAAUCUCUCAGUAUCCGAGCGGUGCCGAUUCUGAUUCGGAGGAUAAAUUACCUUGUUCUGCUGAUUCUAGUGCUGGACAGAAUGUAAUUGGCGAUGAUGAUGGCUUGUUCAACCUUGAAGACGAGGUGUUCGACGUUUUUACUCAAUGUGAAAAUAUUGAAUUAUGUCCACCAUUGUCUUCGGUGCAAAAACAAACUAAAAGAAAGAUAUAUCGGCCUAAAGUGGUCUCUGAAGAUCCCAAGAGAACAAAGAAAUCUCAUCCUCAAAGCAGUGCUACUCCAAAACCUUCAACUCCAAAGAAGAGAAAACCUUAUGUCAAAAAAACUCCCAAGUGUCGGCGAACAUUAUUUGAUGAUGGUGGGAAUUUCAUUUCUCUACCAUUUUUGGAAAAUUUCAAUACAAGCGUUCAUCAGGAUGGAUUUGGGAAUUCUACUAUAAUCAAUGAAUCUGCCAUGGGAUAUAAUUCGCUGCAGAGUUAUCAGAAGAUAAAUUCUUUGUCAUGUUUAUCUCUAGUUGAGAGCAGAAGAGUUGGAGGAAAUUUUCCACUUAUGUGUAAGCGGAAAAGAAUUAGAAGACAAAGAAUACUUUUGAUAAAAGUCUUAACCCCUUUUGCAAAGGGGAAAAGAUCAAGUCUUUCUAAGAAAAAGAGAAAAUGUUUUGAAAAUUUACGCAUAGAAGGAAGUUCUAGAGUGAGCAGAAAAAUGAAAUUUAUACUAAAUACUUUGAAGAAAAAAGGUCAUCGAAAAAUAAAUAAGUUAGAUGUCCAAAAAAAAUCAGGGGAGUUAGUUAUUUAUAAACCGCGAUCAUCAAGGGUUGAUGUAGACCUUGAUGAAGAGACAUUACGAGUAUGGAAUUUGCUCGUUGCUGAAAGAGGACAUGAAGAAAAGGAUGAACAAAAACGAAUUCAUUGGGAGAAUAUAAGAAAGUUAUAUCAGAAUGUGGUUCAAUCGUUCUUAGAUCAGAUGCAAGACACCCAAGGUGAUAGAAGAUUCUUACCGUGGAAAGGUUCAAUUUUGGAUUCUGUGGUAGGAGUUUUUUUAACUCAAAACGUGUCUGACUAUUUGUCAAGCUCUGCAUUCAUGUCGCUUGCUGCUCAUUUUCCUGUCAAACCAGUUACAUGUGAAAAAGAUAACAAUAUGGUUUUGUUGGAUCCUAAGUUUGAUAUAGAGAUGAAAAGUGGAAAAGGUGAAGAAAUGGAAGAAGUUGAACCCAAAGUUGAUAACAGGGGAACUGAAUACAAUUCUGCAAACGAAUAUCCCAAAGUUGAUAGCAGGGGAACUGAAUAUAAUUCUGCAAACGAAUAUCCCAAAGUUGAUAACAGGGGAACUGAAUACAAUUCUGCAAACGAAUAUCCCAAAGUUGAUAGCAGGGGAACUGAAUACAAUUCUGCAAACGAAUAUCCCAAAGUUGAUAACAGAGGAAAUGAAUACGAUUCUACUUCUGUGGAGAGAAACACAGGUUCUCCCGGCAUAACUUUUGGUAAGAAACAAACCCCUACUACAAAAAAAACCAAGAAUCAAGAGGAAAAAGAGACGCUAUUGGAAAAGAAACGACAAUAUUGGGAUACAUUAAGAAAAUACCACAGUGAUAAGCCUCGACACGACGAUCACAUGGAUUUUGUUGAUUGGAAAGCAGUAAAAGACGCAAAAGUUGGCGAUGUUGCAAAAGCUAUUGCAGCUCGCGGUCAACAAUUCAUUAUUGCUGGCAGAGUAGUGGAUUUAUUGAACAUGUUAUAUUCAACCACUGGAAAUUUGGAUUUAGAAUGGUUGAGAUACAUUCCACCACUGGAUGCAAAGGAAUAUCUUUUGAGCAUACAUGGAUUGGGAUUGAAAAGUGUGGAAUGCAUAAGACUUUUAGCACUUCAACAUAUUGCUUUUCCGGUGGAUGUAAAUGUUGCAAGAAUUGUAGUACGUUUAGGUUGGGUUCCUCUGCAACCAUUGCCAGAAUCAAUGCAAAUACACAAUUUAGAGGAAUUUCCAGAUUCAAACAAAAUUCAACAAUAUCUCUGGCCAAGACUAUGCACUCUUGAUCAUCGUACAUUGUAUGAAUUGCAUUAUCAGCUGAUAACAUUUGGAAAGGUUUUUUGCACAAAGAAACACCCAAACUGCAAUGCUUGUCCAAUGAAACUGAUGUGUAAACAUUAUCAAAGUUCCCUUGCAAGUAAAAAACUUGCCUUGCCAUCCAAUCCAUAUUCUGAUAUGCUAAGCAACUCUACGCUGACGUUUGUUCCGAAUGAGAUUAAAGAAUGUGAGCCUAUAAUUGAGAUGCCUCCAUCACCGGAACUUGAAACUGCGGAGUUGUAUUAUUUUGAAUCAAAGGAUGAUGAAGAGAUUUACUAUGGUUAUAAUAACAAAGAUGGUGAAGAUAUUGAAGAUAUGGGUAGAAUCGACCUCAGUUCUCAAGAAUCAUCAUCAUGCUUGCCAAAGCCCCCCGAUUCUGUUUUCGAUGGUUUUGACCAUGACAUGAAUACAUCAACGGCUUUAGUUGUGUUACAUCCUUAUGCUGCGAACACCCCUUUACCAAAAAUGAAAGAAGCUAGCCGUCUAAAAACUGAGCGUACAGUUUAUGUUCUCCCGGAUGAUCACCCUGUCCUAAGAGAGUAUGCUCCACGCGUACAUGACGAUCCUUCCCCUUAUCUUCUUAUGGAAUGGCUAAAAGAGGAAUUAGAAAGCUCGGGUGAAUCAAACACAUCUGACUUGCAAGAGGAAGAUAAUAGCCAAACAGUUCCUGGAACACUUCUGGUACCAUGCCGAACUGCAAUGAAAGGGUAUUUUCCCUUGAACGGAACAUACUUUCAAAUUAACGAGGUUUUUGCUGACUAUGCUUCAAUGAUAAAACCGAUUAAUGUUCCUAGACGUUGGUUAUGGUCUCUAACGAAACAAAUAGCAUAUUUUGGUACCGGGACAUCAGCCAUUACAAGAGGUAUGUCAGCUGAAAAAGUAAGAGAAUUCUUCAACCAGGGAUACAUUUGUGUGAGAGCAUUUGAUAUAAAAACCGGAGCUCCAAGACCAAUAUCAACUCUGCUGCAUCAAAACACAACCGCCAGAUUUGAAAAAGAUAGAGUUGAAAAAGAAAAAAAGGCACUUGAAAAAGAGAAAAGUGAGUUGCCAAAUGAGUUAUUAGCAAGUCAUGACAGGAGUAUCAUGACUGAUGCAAGCAUGGUGUAA